CGUCACGCGCACGGCCAGUUUCAGAUAUCGUCACGCGGAGCGAUUCCGUCCCAAUGACGUCACGCACGUGAUGGCGAGCCGGCUGCUUACCCGCACGGGCCUCAUCCUCCUCCUGCCGCUGCUGCUGCCGCUGCUCUCCCCGUGCCAGAGCUCGGCCGUGGACCGCGAGCCGCUCUCCGACCAGAAGAUAUGCGCCGACACGGAGUGCCGGGAUGUGAUGUACCAUGUGAAGGCUAUACGUGACUAUGAGGCUCAAGACUGCCGAUUUGUGUCCUUUUCAAAGGAUGAUGAUGUCUAUGUUUAUUACCGGCUGGCAGGACAGCGGGAGGACCUAUGGCUGGGAAUGGUUGGCAAUAAAUUGGGAUAUUUUCCUAAAGAUGUUGUCGAAGUCCAAAAUAACUAUUCUACAACUGAAGUUACGCUUCCAACUAUGGACACCGAUUUUUCUUGUUCCAAAGAAGAUGUUAUUUCUGAAUCAGCCGAAUACCCUGAUACCAAAACUCCAAAUCUUAAUGAGGAUUCACUGGCCAUUGAUUUGAAAGAUGACAGUGAGCACACACCACGUGACAUUCAAAUAGCAUCACCAAAGGAGGAGAGCAAUGAUCAAACGGGAUCUGAUUUUUCAAAUUAUAAAGAGAAAGACCUGACAUCUUCAAACAAUGGUGGUGAACAUUUGAGUGUACCCCUUGAUAAGAAUUCUACAACUUACAAUGACACAAGCAAUCGUCACAAUGAACGUGGAGAUUCAAAAGUGGCAGCCCACACUGAAGUUGAGGGUGGAGAAAGUGAGGAUAUUGUUGUACGAUACAAAAAUAGCAUUAUGCCAGACAUCAAACACCCCAUCGAUGCUGAAGAUGGGCAUGACUUUGUUUUGGAAAAAGAAAAACCAUUACCAAGAGAAGGUGAUACUGUGAAAGUCGUGAUAGAAAAGAAUAACUUGGAAAUACAGGAUGACUCAGAAGUAAUGGAAAACAAUCAAGAGGGAGUAACUACCAAGAAGCACAUUACAUAUGAACAAGUCAUGGGGUCUGAUUUACCAAUAAAUUAUAAUUUGAUAGAGACUGAAAACAAAGAUGCUGAAGAGGAACGAUCACAUGGCACAACAACAGGGAAUGAGAUUGAAACUGAAAACAAUGAUUUGGAAAAUACUGAUAAUGUUUACAAGCAACAUGACUCGCAUGUGUCAUCAACAUUAGAAAGUGAGAAUGACAUUGAAGGGCCCUCAUUUUAUGUAAAUUCAUUAUUGACUACGUUAAACCUUUCAUCGCCUCAUUAUAUGGAACAGAACAGAGACCUUGCUAUUCUCAAGACUUACUUAAGAGAAGAGAUACUGUCUGAACUCACGGAGAUAUUCGGAGAGGAAGGUGUGAUCGCUUUAGAAACCAGCCUGUGGAGGAUGGACGAGGAGCUUCAGCACAUGGAGAAUGCACUGGGCCAUGAUGUGCAGCGCGAUGAGCUGUUGGACUCAGUUGUCAAUGAGUUCAGGCCUCAUAUUCUGUGGUGGUUUAGAAAAGUGGUGGAUGCACGUACGCGUCAAAUCCCGUUAAAUCCCGAAGAAGAUAUUCACAAAGACAACUUUACUUUUUUCAGUGAUGUACAGGAGAUCAUGUCCAGCCUAAGACAAAAAUACUCAAAAGAUGUUAUAGAACCAGAGAAUUUGCAUCAUGAAGGUAAAAGUCCAAGCAGACCUACACCCAGUGCAGGAGUGAAAUUUUUGACAAAAGAUGUGAAGAAGACAGGUUGCCAAAAGUCUGGUGUUGCUGCUGCUGCUUAUGUUCCAGAGAUGAUUCAAAAGUUUGACAGCUUUAUUUUAAAAAUUACUGCUGCUCUACACCCAGCUCUCCAACCAUUCGUCAUGGCUAUUACAUCCUGGAAACCUGAACUGUCACAAUCCAUUGUGAACUACUUUGGGCUUCCUUUGGAUGUGUCUGUCUUGCUGCUACUUUUUGCUUUCAUCCUUUGCAUGGUAUUCUUCUGCAGGAUUUGUCUUGUCGUACGAAACAGAAGUUAUCUUAAAAGAGAAGCAGCACUUGUUGUCCAAGUAAAAAAUAUCGUCAAUGAAAAAAACAUGCUCAUAUGUCAGGUUGUGGACACUAAAGUGAAGUUGGUGGAGGUGGAGACAACAAUGGAGGAAACUAAGGGAAAGCUUGAGAACAGCAAUGACGACAGUGUCGCUCUUAAGGCCGUCUGUAGAAGAAUAGAACAAGAACUGCUCCAACUAGCACAAGCUAGUGAGGCUCUUAUGGAAGACCUUGCAGCAGUAAGACAAGAAGGAGCAUAUCAUAAGGAAAAGUUGUAUGAGAUGAAGCAUAACAUGGAGAUGCUGGAGACCACUAAGGCAUUGCUGGAGGCUCAAAUGAAGCAGCUCAUGCCAAAGGUGGACGCAAGCCAUGCUGCUGAAAAUAAGUUACAGACUGAACUCCAGGCUAUGCAGAGGACACAUCAACAGCUCAGGGACAGUACUGAGCAGACUGACAGAGAAACAGAAAACUGUCGGGUGCAGUCUUCUGAGCUGCAAGAACAAUUGGAGCAGAAAAGACAGUAUAAGGAGGAGAUGAUGGCAACACUGGCUUGCAAGGAAGAGGAAAUGGAGGUGAUGGCAAACUUCCUGAAUGAGAUAAGGCAGUUCACUUUGCCUUCUGAACAAGGGGGAGAGCGGAGACUGGUUGAGAAUGGAGAACUAAGUGACUCCCAUAGUCAUGUACAAAAGCUAAAGCUGCGUGAUCUACUGGAUGUGGAAAAGCUCCAAGCAACCCUUGAAGUCACCGAAGAGGAAAUAGCAGACUUAAAAACUAGAUACUCUAAUCAACUUGAAGAAAAUAACAAAUUGCAAGGUGUGAUUCAAGAGCGUGAGAAGAAAAACACAGAAUUGUUCUCGGAGAGCAGUCAUUUGAAAAAUGAACUGGACUUCUGCAGGAAGAAGCUAGAAAUUGUGAAAGAAAUGUAUCAGGAAAAGGAAAGCACUCUGCAGAAGAAACUCUUUGUUGAGCAACAGGCACGCGAUCUAUCGGAGACUUCUCCAGAACAUAUGAACGAGAGGGCCCAGCAGGCCAUGGAGGAAGCCAGCACUAACAAGAAACAAGUUCAGACGCUCCGUGAGGAGCUAGAGAAGGUUGAGUGUGGAUUCCGGGAACAGAUGGCUGAGUUUGAAAAGAAAGCUUAUGAAAACUGGCUGAAAACUCGGUCCGUAGAGAGGGAUUUGAAGGCAUCCAGGCAGGAGGUGGCCAAUCUCAAGCAGAGGAUGGUGGAACUGGAAUAUAAUAUGGAUUUGGCAGAAGCUCAGGAGAUGCCACCACAGAACCACGGAGUUCCGCGCAGCUCGUCCACGCCGCAGGGGUUGGCAGUCGGGGGGUCUUCGCUCGUGGGAACUCCGUUCACAGUGUCCCCUGUGAGCGUCCCUCCGUCGCCGCCACGCCUGACGGACGAACCUCGCCGCGCCCCCUCCGCCCCGCUGGUGUACAGAGGUUUACCUGGCUAUGGACCUGAGAGGACUCCAUUGAACUAUGACAAACGAUUUCCAUCCCCUCACCCAGGUUAUGAACCUGCAAAUGAAUUGCCAGAAUCUGAAUCAAAUAACUAUCAUUCAAUCAAUGAUGGAAAUGAUUCUCUGGACAAAGUCACAAAUGAUGAGGUUGAUGGAAAAGAAGUUCCUGAAGUCUUAUCGUCUCGCACUUCACCUUUGCUUCGCUGGGGGCUUCCUCCAAGAGACUACUACAACCAUGGACCAGGCCAGGGUCAACAUUUUGAACUUGGCCUUCAUAGGCCACAGUUUCCUCCCCCAGAUGCACUGCAGUCUAGAGAAGCACACCAUUAUUACCGACCUCAACCGAUGUUUCACCCCUUCGCCCCUCAUCUGGCACGGGUACCACCAAGAGAUUUUCCUCCUCAUGCGGAGAUGUAUCCCUCACUUCCACCGUUGAUGAAUCCUAUGGCAGGGCCACCUCCACCAAGAGGGCCUUACAACAUGAUGCCACUUCGACACUUUGGCCCACCACCAUUCUUCAGCUCCGGUCCACCUGUUAGACUUUAUGGACCACCACCUCCUAGAGGACCUUAUGGGCUUCCAACAUACCUGGAACCACCACAGAGUGGGCAAAUUCCCCCUGGCCUGCACCCUCCUGAUGAAGUUGGAAUAUCAUCAGUUCGAGAUGAUGAAAAUAUUCAUCCAGUCUCGUCAGCAGGGAGCGAUUCCAGCAGACCUUAAUGAUUUGGGCUCUUGCCCAUGCUUAUGUACAGUACAGUAUUAUGCUCUUUUCCUGAUGUCGAAAUUCCUGCUGUUACAUGUUGCAUAGAUCAAUAAAAAUCAGGAACUUUCCGUUGUUGGAAUAUUUUAAUCCCUUGUUUAAUAAGAUUUAUUUGUGCUUAUUCAAUGUGUUGGUUAUAGUGUCUAAUGGUUUUUGUAUUUGUUAGUUUUGUAAUUAAUGCUUAAUUGAUAAUGCAGUCAAUUAUUAGCAGGAAUGGUCAAUUACAAGCCUGUCAAAAUGUGCAUUCCAGUCGUUUUACUGCUUCAAAACUUGGUUAACGUCAAUUACUUUAAUCUGUUAAUUGAAUUACAUAAUUUUACUAAAUAAUAACUGACCCGUGUGUGGCUUAGAUUUUCCUGAGGUUGAUGUACUGAGUACAGCUUUGGCGCUGAUUUUCAUUUGAGUGUUUCUGCUCAGGCAUCUAUGCCUUAAUACUCUUGCUGUUAUUGGAAUGUUUUAAACAGUACAUUUGUUAAAUAAAGCGAUUCUCUUUUUGCCAGUGUAAA